AUGGAAUUUGGUGUUUGUUCUGUUUAUGCUGCCAAUGAUUAUAUGGAAAGAAGCUCGUUUUGGACUUGGCUCACCUCGCUUCCUGACAUUCCCUGGAUGUUUGGAGGUGACUUCAAUAUGGUUGAGAAUCAGGAAGAUAAAAUGGGAGGGGAAACAAGAAUAAUAACCCUGGCCUUUGGUUUACUUGGUGUAAUUUUCAGAAAGAAUUUUUUAAAAACUAUUGGCCAAAAGAAGGCCAAAGAUUAUAGGUUUAAGGAAUCUUGGCUUAAUAAUAAUCUUUAUAAUGCUGAGAAUGAUAUCCAAAAUAAUCCGGAUGAUCCUUAUCUUUGUCACCAGCUUGCCCAUGGUAAAAAUGCUCUCAGAAAUCAUCAACAUUAUAAAGCUCUUGGUGCGAAAAUUUGUUCAAGAGCCCAUUGUCUUCAAUAUGGAGAUAGAGGAAGUAAAUUUUUCUUUAAUCUUAUUAAACAUAAGCAAGCUAAAGAGUCUAUAGAUAAACUGCUUAUUAACAAUCACUUGACUACGGACAUAGAGCUUAUAAAGAAUGAAUUUGUUGAAUUUUAUAAAAAUCUUUUUACUUCAGAGGAUACUCAGGAGACUAGGGCCCUUAAAGACCAAUGUAAGAAUCUCAUUCCUAAUAAGAUCUCGGCUGAGGAUGCUUCUAAUCUUGAGCAACCCUUGUCUCUAGAGGUAAUUGAGAAAUCCAUCAAUUCCCUUAAUAAUGAUAGAGCUCCCGGACUUGACGGGCUGCUUGUUGAAUUCUACAAGGCCAACAUCAAAUGGAUUAGCAAAGUCUUAAUUAAUAUUUAUAAUGAAGCCAUUGAUACCGAAACCCUGGGUAGGGACAUUAAUUCUGGUAUCAUUAAGCUUAUCCCUAAGGAGGGUGAUAAAUCCCUUAUUAAAAACUGGAGGCCUAUAACUCUCUUAAAUGUUUCUCAUAAAGUUUUGGCUAAGAUUAUGUCAAACAGGCUUGAGGCCAUUCUCUCCAAAUUUGUUUGUCCUACCCAAACUGGAUUUGUGAAGGGCAGAUAUAUUUUAGAGAAUCUUGUUACCAGCUGGGAAGCUCUUAACUGGGCUAAGCAUUCUAAUCAAAAGGUUGCUAUGUUCUUGCUGGAUUUUGAAAAGGCUUAUGACAGAAUUGAAUGGAACUUUAUUAAUAUGAUGCUCCAGGCCUUUGGUUUCCCAUCCUUCUUUUGUGGCAUUGUGAAUAUGUUUCUUAAGGAUGCUCAUGCUCAAAUUGAUGUUAAUGGUUCCUUGUCUACUUCUUUCCCUUUGGGAAGAUUGAUUAGACAAGGGUGUCCUCUUGCUCCCGCCCUUUUUGUUAUUGCUUCUGAAGCUCUUUUUUAUAUUCUUAGAGACAACACUUUAUCCCCAGCUGUUAAAGGUGCCAUUCUUCCUAAUAAUAAAGAGAUUAUUAACUAUCAGUUUGCCGAUGAUACUUCUCUGUUUCAUGAAACCUCUGAAGACAAUUUUGUUGCUAUGAUUAAUAAACUUAAUUUCUUCUCUAAAAUUUCAGGAGCUAGAUUGUCUCAUGCCAAAUCUAUUUGUCUUGGUUGGAAUGAUCAACCUCCUAAUUGGUUUAAUAAAUUUGAUUUCCAAUGGGGUGGCCCCUCUAAAAUUGUCAGAUAUUUGGGUAUCCCCUUUUCUGUUGACCCAUCUUUGAAAGAGAUGUGGGCUUGGGUUAAGGAUAAGAUCCAUAAUAAACUAAACAAGUGGCACAAUAGGUCUCUAUCUUUUGCUGGAAGGAUCCGAGUCUGCCAAAAAAUUCUGUCCUCUUACAACAUUUAUUAUGCCUCUGCUUGGAUGUUUAAUGACUAUCAAGUUAUGGAAAUCCAAAAGGCUAUAAGAAAUUAUCUUUGGUCUGAUGGGAAGGGAAAUAAAAAGAUGCAUUCUGUCAAUUGGAAGUGGUGUCAUGUUGAUAAGCUCCUUGGGGGCCUGGGGUUGAAAGACCUGAGACUUAGCGGUCUUGCUUUGGCCUCCAAAUGGAUCUUUCAUGCCUUGGAGGGAGAUGAGCCUUGGAAAGUUUUGAUUCGUAACAAUAUUGAGAGGGGAUAUCCUAAAAGUGCCAAAUUCUGGAAAAAUCUUCCUCUCACUGAUCUCAUUUGUGGUGAAUUUCCUAUUACUGUUCAAGGCUUAGUGAUCUUUAAAUCCAUCUGGAAAGCCUGGAACCAUGUUAGGCAAUUCAUCACUAACAAAGAUUUUUUUGAUAAUAAAACCCUCCACGGUGAAAGGUCCAUUUGGUGGAACCUUAAGCUUGGUGAUAAACCUCUUUCUCUUACCCAAGGGUGCUCAGCUAAGUAUUGGGCUAACCUUGGAAUCAAGCAAUUCAUUGAUAUCUUUGAAAUGGACAGACUUAUCCUUUGGGAUGAUCUUAAGAAUAAGUUUAAACUUCCUGAUUCUCAUAAAAAGACUUAUAGUAUGAUUGUUAAAGAUAGUAAAAACAUUCCUUUUCUGUGUCAUGUGGACUCUAAUAGUUAUUUAAAGAUAAAAUGGCCUGAUGGUAUUAUCAUUUCUAAGCUUAAGGCUAAGAAUAUUUAUUCUGUUUUAAAUUAUAAUGUUGAUGUUAUCAAUCAUGUUAACAAUAUUUGGAAUACUGAUUUGGAUAUUUCUUCUUGGAAAAAGUAUUUUGAUUAUCUUUGGAAAAGCUCCAUUGAUCCUAAAAUUAAAUGUUUUAAAUGGUUACUUAUUCUUAAUAAGCUUCCUGUUAGGAGCUCUUUCUCUGAUGUUAACUAUUGCACCAUUUGCAAAACCUCGGAAACGGGAAAUCAUAUUUUCUUUGAGUGCAGUUUUGCUAAAGAGAUUCAGAUCACCAUGAAAAUCAACAAGGCUAAAUUCAAAAGGCUGCUCAAGGAUGGUCAUGCUACCUUUUUUGCCAAUGACGUUAAGAAUGGAUAUUUCUGGAGGUUGCAUUUGGAUAAUAUACAUGAUUUCAAUCAAACUUUCAACAGAAUUAGAAAGGAGAUUAAAAGAAGACCUCACAAUGCUACUAAUGAGUCGGUUUACAUGCUGAAACAAAUUCAAGAUCAGAAAAGCAUGGUGUGGAUGGAUGGCGCUAUGGGUUGGCUGGCUUGGGUGGACACCUGGGAUGAUGUGCUUUACUAG